AUGGAGCUUCACCCACGUGGAUCUCGGACCUCCAACGUUGCGCGUACCACAAAUUUCACGCAUGAGUGACUCAAGAUUCAACGAUCGAUCCAUCAAAUUCGCCUUUUCAAAAUCAAAGCAACGUUUACUCAAAUUUUUCAGAACAUCAAAGAGAUAAAAAGAUUUCAAAAAAUGGUACAGCAGCGCCAAAUUCUACUUGUGUGUGGAAUCAAUACAUUUUGAAAGCGAAGGACGCUUCGGCUGUGCCCACUGGGCUGGAAACUCGAAUUUGAUUUAUGUAUACUGUGAUCAUUGGAGUUCGAGCAAGAAUCACGAGUAGAAUGAAAACAAAUACAAGUGGGGGUCUUGCUGAGCCGUUGAACUUUUUUUCCUUAUCUCAGCAAGCGUAUCGGAUCUUGUAAAUCAGUCUUGGUUGAAGCUUGUUCAACAUACGAUCGAUUAAAUUCCUGCGUGACCUAAAUUGCGCGUUGAAAACGUUAUAAUCUUAUCUUGCGAUGUGCAAAUUUUUAAAAAAGAAAUAAUUAUUAUGGCUGAUGGAAUUCAAACGAGUACACCGUUAGUUUUUAACAAAUUUAUACCGCCACCGCCGCGGAGACUGUGGUCGGCGGACAGUCCGAUGGAACAAUUGUAUCGAAACAAAUGGAUGCAAUACAGAAAUUCGAUGAGCGAGAAGGAUCCUUGGAACGCUCUUGAUUCGCCACAUUUUGUCGAUUUCAAGGAAUUGCCCGAUGUUCAAGACAAUUAUUUCGACGAAGUCGACGAGGACAAAAUCUCGACGCCGACGUCUUUUCAAGUCCAGCAACGGCUCCCAGACUUCGAUUUGGAAAACAAUAAUGUGCUCGACGAUCUGAAGAAAUGUACGCUGUCGGCGAUAAAACCGAUGGAGGAUGACUAUAACAGAGGACAAGCAACGAAUGACUUCAAUCGAUUAGAAGAAACGAUUAAAAGGAUUUCCCGAGUGUCCGAUGAAUUUGGAAAGAUAAUUUCUUCUACCAUUAAGGUGAACGAUAUGCUGAGUAACGUGGAAAAAGGUGCGGAUUGUGGAAAGCGAGAUUCAAAGAAAAACGUCGUCGAGGAACUCGCAAGCGAGCCGAAAAGCAAAAAAAAGACUUGCACGAUGCUCGAGCCUUUUAGUUUUGAGACUCGCGAAAAAUUCAGACAGGAGCACGUUCAGGAACGUCGAGAAAGAGACAGCUCUGGCAGAGAAUUGCGCAAGGGUUUUCGAGCGACUCCACUUCCAAAAUUUCUGAAAAUCCGUGAGAAAGUCUCCACGAGAGUGAACACCUGCUCAAACCCAAAAGGCGCUAACAAAAAUAACGACGUCAAUAAAAUGACGAGUGCGACCGACGUUUGCAAGAAAAAAGUGUUCCAACCGGUGCCAGUAAAAAGAGCGCCAAUCGUGCCAAGAGCGCCGAACCUCAUGACCGCGGCGCGGGCCAAAGAGAGGCAACGAUUUGAGGAGGAAAUGAAAAAAAAGGAGCUCGAACGACAGGAAUUGAGAAAAAAAGAAGAAGCCGAACGGAAAAAACGCGAAGAAGAAGAAAUAGCAAAGUUAAGACGGGGAUUAGUUCACAAGGCUCAACCUAUUCGAAAAUACAAGAUCGUCGUACCAAGAAUGACAAAGCGCGUGCUGGCCGAUCCGACGAUACCGUUCCAGUGCAAACGACCACGAAAAUGCUGAAAGUGCUCAUUCCCACUGACGAUCGGUACUUUUUAUUGAUAAUUUAAACCGUCUAAUGGCCGUAUUCUUGCAUGAAACUGUUUGUGAUACUUUGACAAUGAAGAAGGGGAAGAAAGGAAACUUUUAACACUCAUAGCACCUUACAUUGUUCAACCAUGUAUAUAAUAUAUAUAAUAUAUAUGCGUGUAUAAUGUA